AGCAAGAAAAUUAAUUUGUUCAUAUAUAUAGUUGAGAUACAGAAAUAUGGAGGCUCCUCUUAAAUUCAUCGGUCUUCUGGGAUUGCUUGUGCUUUUGAGUGUUGCUGGAGGGGCUGAUGCUGCGGGGGAAUGUGGAAAAUCUUCCCCAGACAAUGAAGCCAUGAAGCUGGCUCCUUGUGCAGAAGCAGCACAAGAUGAGAAAGCUGCUGUGUCAGACAGUUGCUGCCUUCAGGUGAAGAGAAUGGGCCAGAAGCCAAGCUGUCUUUGUGCUGUAAUGCUUUCAGACACUGCUAAGGCAUCUGGAGUCAAGAUUGAAACUGCCAUUACCAUCCCCAAACGUUGCAACAUUGCCAACCGUCCAGUGGGAUACAAGUGUUAUACACUUCCAUGAUGGGAUAACACAUCAGAAUUGAAGACCAUAGCUAGCGACCAUGAACUUAGAAGUACUUAAAAGCUGGUAGCUACUUCUGUAACUAGCAACUACGUAAGCUUUACUUCUCCUUCCAGUGAAUAAAAGCUAGCAGGUGGAAUGUAUCUAAUCUAAAUAACGUAUGCAGAAUCAGUAUAUGUUAUGCUUUGAACAUUGGCUGA